AUGGUCCCCGACAAGUACAAGUCCCCGCCCCAGGCGCCCCCCGUCUUCACGGGCACCAAGGAGUCCAUCGUCGGCGACUCCAAGAAGAUCUGCGACCAGACCCGGGCCCUGCUCGACAAGCUCGUCGCCGAGGUCCCCGUCGACAAGGCCAGCUUCGACAAUGUCAUGCGACCCAUUGCCAAGGACGAGAACGAGAGCGGACUGUCGACACGCAUCCUGGGCUUCUACCAGUACGUCUCGAGCGACGCCGCCCUGCGCGAGGCUUCGACCCAGGCCGACACCAUCAUGGACGAGUUCUCCAUCGAAGUGAACAUGAGGGAGGAUGUGUACAAGCUGAUUGAGGCCAUCUACAAGAAGAAGGACUCGGAGGGCCUGGACCCGGAGAGCCUGCGUUUGCUCGAGAAGGACUACAAGAACUAUGUCAAGAUGGGCCUGGGUCUGCCUGCCGGACCCCAGCGCGAUCGCUUCAAGGAGAUCAAGAAGCGCCUUAGUCAGAUCCAGAUCGAGUUCCAGAAGAACCUCAACGAGGAGAAUGGCGGCAUCUGGUUCACGCCCGAGGAGCUGGACGGUGUGCACCAGGAUGUCCUUGAUGGGUUGGAGAAGGGCACCGGCGAGAACGAGGGCAAGCUCAAGCUUUCUUUCAAGUACCCCGACCUCUUCCCCACCCUCAAGUUCGCAAAGAACCCCGAUACGAGGCGCAAGGUCUUCAUCCAGAACGAGAACAAGUGCAACCAGAACGUCCCUCUGUUCAAGGAGGCCAUCAUCCUCCGUGAUGAGGCUGCCCGCAUGCUCGGGUACCCUGACCACGCCUCCCUCCGAAUCGAGGACAAGAUGGCCAAGACCACCAAAACCGUCACCGACUUCUUGGGCGACCUCCGCUCCCGCUUGACGGCCGGUGGCGCCAAGGAGGUCGAGCACCUCCUGGAGCUCAAGAAGGCCGAUACCGAGGCCCGGGGGGUUGCCAACGACGGCAACUACUACCUCUGGGACCACAAGUUCUACGACCGCUUGAUGAUUGAGAAGGAAUACAGCAUCGACGAGAACAAGAUUGCCGAGUACUUCCCCAUCACAUCGACGAUUGCCGGCAUGCUCAAGAUCUUUGAGGAGCUGCUGGGCUUCGUCUUUGUUGAGCUCAAGCCUGAGGACCGCAAGGCCCUGAGCCCCACGGGCAAGGGCGAGGACAUCGCCUGGCACGAGGACGUCAUCAUCUUUAGCGUCUGGGACGAUGCCUCCGAGGGAGAAGGCUUCGUCGGCUACCUGUAUCUCGACCUGCACCCCCGCCAGGGCAAGUACGGCCACGCCGCCAACUUCAACCUGCAGCCUGGCUACCUGCAAGCGAACGGCUCGCGGAGAUACCCCGCCACGGCUCUGGUUUGCAACUUCAGCAAGCCCACGCCCAAGAAGCCCUCACUCCUCAAGCACGACGAGCUCCACUUUGGCACCUUUGACAUGACCGUCCACACUCCCAAGAGCCAUGAUGAGAUCAAGAACAUGGACUUGUCGGCCGUCUACAACGAGCUUCGCGGCCAGAUUGCCGGCAUCAAGGGUCCCGAGGCUCAGGGCGAAAAGAGCUGCAGCACCUGGGGUAACGGACAAGCCUGCUUCGGUCACUUGAUCGGAGGCUACGAUGCCGGCUACUACGGUUACCUCUCGUCCGAGGUCUACUCGACCGACAUGUUCUACUCCGUCUUCAAGGCCGACCCCAUGAACGGCAAGGAGGGCCGCCGCUACAGACACACCGUCCUGGAGAAGGGCGGCAGCCAGGAAGAGAUGUUGACCCUGGAGCAGUUCCUCGGCCGCAAGCCCAGCACCGAAUCCUUUUACAAGGAGUUGGGCAUCCCUCAGUAA